GUCAAACCAGUACUCCUCCGUAUACUUCAAUUAGUAAAUAUUGGGUAGCCUUGGCUUGGUCCUAAAACUCCUAUAACUAAAUUAUGUUUUGUCUCAGAGGGAGAGAACUGCUACCAAGGCUACUCCACAGGCACAGUUCCUGUCUGGCUCCUGGAAAGCUAAGAUCUAAUGUUGUGACUGCUUCUCAUAUUGAUUCUGUUUCGAAGUCGUCAAAGUUGAGCUUACCAAUUAGCUCUGGCAGUCACCACAGGCUACUGGCUUCAGUAUUAUCACCUAUAAAGUUUCAAAGAUUUGUUAGCUCUUCGUCAAUUUUGUGUAAUGAGUAUAAGAUAGUUAAUACUCCUGCAUUUGCUGAGUCAAUCUCGGAGGGCGAUGUAAAGUGGGACAAAAAUGUUGGCGAUUUUGUUAAAGAAGACGAAAUUAUAGCAGAGAUUGAAACUGAUAAGACUGCUAUUCCUAUACCUUCCCCUGUGUUUGGAAUCAUUGAAGAAAUAUUUGUACCUGACGGGGAGAAAGUGGUAGCUGGGGACCAGCUAUGCAAAAUAAAAGUAUCAGCUGAAGCACCUCCUCCAACAGCAUCACCUCCUACACCCAAAGAAAGUGCCACACCUCCUCCUCCCCCUCCUUCCCCUCCCUCUGCUCCUCCUCCUCCUUCUGCCCCUUCUGCUGCUGGUCCUAUACCAACUACGCCUCCCCCACCUCCUCCUUUACCAACAAUGCCAUUAGGUAAUAUUCCUCCUCCUCCUCCUCUUCCGUCAUUUUCUGCUCCCUCUCAGUCUGUGGGUGUGGUCAGUCGUUCGGAGAAAAGAACAAAGAUGUCAAGGAUGAGACAGAGGAUAGCCGAGAGGCUCAAGGAGGCACAGAAUGUCAAUGCAAUGCUCACCACUUUCAACGAAGUGGACAUGUCUAGCGUCAUUGAGCUUAGGAAGAAGUUUCAAGACGCAUUUGUAAAGAAGCAUGGUAUCAAGCUUGGAUUCAUGUCGCCAUUUGUAAAGGCAGCUUGCUCAGCACUUGAGGAUCAACCAGUAGUAAAUGCAGUUAUUGAUAAUAAUGAAAUCAUCUAUAGAGAUUACAUUGAUAUCAGUGUUGCAGUAGCUACACCAAAGGGUUUAGUUGUUCCUGUUGUAAGAAAUGUCAAUGUUAUGAAUUAUGCUGACAUUGAAAAAGAGAUUGCAAGCCUGGGACAAAAGGUAUUUUCUGAUGCUUUUUGAUGUAUUUAUGCUGUUCAGAAAGUUUGGGACAAUUC